GUUCGCAUCUACUACUCCUUCCAGUUGCCACUGUUCCCCCUCUGAAAAUCUGACACCCCACCGCGGCGCCGCUCCCUCCCUCCGGAUCUGAGCGAGGUGAUCUGCAGGUGUCGGGUUCCUCGUGGAGGAUGAACUGGAUUGGGCGCAAGAUCCACAUCUACAAUGUCACCGUCGGUCUCUACAUGCUCGAUUGGUGGGAGCGCUACCUCUUCAAUAUAUUGAUGCUUUGCCUUCUAUGGUACAUUCUCCGGUAUGUCCUUGGGUUCUUUCAGAGUAACCUGAAGACCAUUUUGCAAGGUGGGAACUAUCUUGUGCAAGGCAGGAAAUUGCAGUAAGCAAGUGAGAUAUUUUGACCAGUUUUAACAUGUAAUUUCACCUGUUUAUUUAGUUGUAAACUGAGCAACCAGAGAGGAACUGAUGAGGUAUGUUUAUUACUGAGAAGCCUUUUUCUAUUCCUUCUCUAGAUGCUGCCUUUGGUGGUUGUGUACUUGUGUAUGUGAAAAAUAGAUGUUUGUUGUAAUUUGGACCCAUAGUAUUGUCCGUGAUUGCUGUCACAUUGUUUUCCGAGAAAACCGCAUUAGUAUGCCAAGUAUUUGCAAUUCUCUACCCUAAAUUUUAGAUUGGAUUCGAUCAUUUGACACAAUGAGAUACACUGAUACAGGUAGUCCGUAGUCAUUAUUUGAUACACUGAAUUGUUGUACCGGUAUUCAUAUUGACUAUAUAAAGCAAAGCUGCAAGCCAUUGCUCUGCUCUGCUGUAGGCGAUCUGAAGUGUACAAAACUACAAAUUUCCUUGGGUGAUUUCAUGGUUUUUGAGGAGGUACUGGGAAGUACCAUAUCUACUAGUGUAAAAGUUGGAACAACUCAAUAUCAGUUGCCACUUGCCAGAAGGUACCUCUCUCAAGGACCUAAAAAUUUGUCAAUUUUCCUUCGUGCGCUGCUCAAUCAGGACGACAGAAACCUGAAACAGUUUUGGUUAAAUAAAGACGUCCAAAUCGUGGUUGCUUACGCGUCCUUUUCGUUGCUGGAUCUAUAGCCCCCCUCCUAGAGGCUUCCGGCGUGUUGGAUUUUCUCUAGAUUAUCUAACCUGAUACAGUUCGUUCCGGAGCGUCAACCUUAGCCACUGUGACGACGGUGCCAAGUUGCCAGCUGCCGCGACGUCCCUUGCCAUUCGCGACGGGGAACCGCAUCGCUGCCGCUGGGAAGUUGCACCGCUCGCCAUAGAGGGCCUCGCGCGCCCGUCUUCUCCAGGUUCGUCGGCGCCUUCCGGUUUCGUCUAGCACCGCGCGGUCGCGGAAGCGCAGGGUUGGAUCGAGGUGAAGAGGAGGCGCGGGGGGCUAUUCAUUGUUCAGCAUCCAUGUUUGAGCUCGUGAUAUCGAUCCCGGCGAUCCUCCUGGUUCUCGUCAUCGCGCUGGGGUGCUACCUGCUCGGCCGGAACCGUGGCCGCGCGGAGGCCGCAUCGCCGCAGCAGUUUGCACCGCCCGCGCCGCCGCAGCAGUUCGCACCGCCCACCCCGCCCAAGUAGGCAAGUAACAGGGUGCGUCGUGUUGUUUUGGUUUGUUUCACACUGUUGAAACUUCCAAUUUCUCCUUUGUUUGUACUACUUUAGUAGGAGGAUUGUUCCUUUUUUUUUCCCCAUGAUUGUCAGUGGUGAAUUGUGUUGAACUACUCGUUGUUUUGCCAUAAUCUUUCUGUUGAAUCUUC